CCCUGGCGCUGCAGCCUGGCAGAGGAGGACGACACUGCACUGCUGUUGGUGCUGUCAGUAGCAGCGGGGGUGAAAAAAAGCAACAAAACAAAAACAAAAACAAAAACAAACGACGCUCAACAAACACUCAAGAAUAACAGACUAAAGUGGUGAGUAGAGAGAAGAGAGUGUGUAGGGCAGUACCCGAGUUGUCAACGCUGUGGUCCGAGCUGCAGGAGCAGGAGCCUGGAGGAGCCUCCACAGUGUCUGGGAGGGUUAGGUCGUGUUGUGUCGUGUUGUGUUGUGUUGUGUUGUUUACACACGCGUCAGUCGCCACGUUUCAACUCCUAACUCCAGCUCGUAUCUUCACAAUGGAGCGUGGAAAUAAUUCCAGAUGUUUGGAGAACACCAGCAACUACUUCUCUGUUCCAGCUCCACGCGGGACGCCUGCUCUGGCCGUCUUCUAACACUUUGUAGACUUGUGAGCAAGAAAGCUGUUUGAGAGCAGGGCGAGAAACACACACACACACACACACACACACACAAUCCAUGUGAUUUGUCGCACAGACGAAAUCCAGCUGUUUGGAGUUGUGUUUUAGUCCUCGAGUGGAGGAGUGGAGAUGGAAGGAGCGGAGGACAAAGGGAGAGGGAGAGGGAAGGAGAAGAUCUUCUCGCUGUGGUAUGUGGGCUGCAGCGCGCUGGACCGGCGCACCACGCUGCCCAUGCUGCCGUGGCUAGUGGCCGAAAUCCGCAGGAAGAGCGAGUCCGGUCCGGUUCAGGCUCGGCUCGUCCAGCUCUCCCUCACCCCCCCGGUGAUCCGCUGCGUGCCCGCCAGCAGCAGCAGCGCGUCCGUCUUUAUCUUCGAGCACAAGGCGCAGUGCAUCUCGCGCUUCGUGCACAACAGCCAUGACCUCGCCUACUUCGCCUACCUCAUCCGCUGUCAGCCGGACGACCCGGAGGGCGAGAUGGUCUGCCAUGUGUUCAAGGCGUGCGACCCAGACCAGGUGUCCGAGGUCAUCAGCAGCAUCCGGCAGACCUCCAAAAGUGCACUCAAAGAGGAAAACAAACCCAGGCAGGAGGCUGAGGAGUCCUUUUACAACUCGCAAAAGUUUGAGGUGCUUUACUGUGGCAAGGUGACCGUGAACCACAAAAAAGCAUCCUCCACCCUGAUCGACGACUGCAUCGACCUGUUUCGGGAGCACGAGUCCGAGCGCAGACGUCUGCGGCUCCUGAACGGCCAGCGCUCUGUCGAGACCCCGGUGGUCUUCAGCGUGGGAGACGACCCGCUCAGCGCAUCGCUGUCGGAAGCUGCGCUCACAGAGAUAAAUGAGAAAGCGGGCGGUAUGCGCGGCGCCUUCCCCGAGAGCAUCCAGGAGGACUCGGGCUUUGAGCAGCAGGAGUUCCGCACUCGCUGCAGCAGCUUGGCGGGUGGCUUACAGAAGAUCCCUAGAGAAACAGGAGCCAAAGUGCAAACGCGUAGGAGACAUGCUAGCGCACCUAACAACGUUCAGCCCUCUGAUGCAGACAAGAACCGCACCAUGUUGUUUCAGGUGGGACGGUUCGAGGUGAAUCUCAUCAGCCCCGACAGCAAGACGGUAGUGCUGGAGAAGAAUUUCAAAGAUAUCUCGUUUUGCUCCCAGGGAGUGAAGCAGACGGACCAUUUUGGGUUCAUCUGUCGUGACGUGUUGGAGUCGGGGCCCAGCCAGUACACGUGCUACGUGUUCCAGUGUGCCAGUGAGUCUCUGGUGGAUGAGGUGAUGCUGACUCUGAAGCAGGCCUUCAGUACAGCGGCAGCACUGCAGAGCUCCAAAACCCAGAUCAAGCUAUGUGAGGCCUGUCCAAUGCACGACCUGCACAAGCUUUGCGAGCGCAUCGAAGGACUGUACCCUCCCAGAGCAAAGCUGGCCAUUCAAAAAUACCUCUCCCUGCUGAGCGAUAACGAGCAGGCCGACAUUUUCGAACGCGUGCAGAAGAUGAAGCCAAGUUGCGAUCAGGAGGAGAAUGAGCUGGUUAUUCUUCACCUCAGGCACCUGUGUGAGACCAAGCAGAAGACGCAUGCGCACAUCGGAGAGGCUCCUCAGAACGCAGUAGGUUCAGAGAGCUCAAGUGCAGCUGGACGCAACAAGCUGGACGUGCUGAAGAAUAAAGCACGCAGCUCCCUCACCAGCUCCCUGGAGAACAUCAUUUCACGGGGUGCAAACCGGAUGCGCAUGCGUCUAGGAAGCAUGGGCAGCUUUGACCGACAAGACGAGUCUCCCGGUGAUUCUCCUCCAGGGACUCCUCCCGCUACUUUGGAUGAGGACCCGGACGCCCCUCUGUUCCGGCGCCGCGCACACACCUUCAGCCACCCUCCAAUCAAGAAGAGGAUCUCUUUCACCGAGUUACCGACCCAGAACAAGGUUCCUUUACACAGACAGCAGUCUCUUGCUCCAGAGCUGUUGCAGAGCAGCCCGGUGCGUGUACCAAGAAAACGCAGUGUCUCUGAGGGCGAGUCUUCCUUCAACCUUCACUCCUCCUUCUCCACUUCCACUUUCCUGAAAAGUUUUUACCUGGGCUCCAUCAGCUCACUGGCCUCCCUGCCGGACAGCCCCAAGAGUAAUGGGGAGGACAGAAACAGGAGGCUGUCCGGCUGCAGCACUGACUCGGUGUCUGCAGUGACUACACGCAGAGUGUCUUGGCGUCAGAAGAUUUUCCUGAGGGUGGCUUCACCCAUAAACAAAGCCUCAGCCUCGAUGCACAAGGCUGAUAUGGACGGCAGUGAGCUGCUGCCGCUUUCUCCCCGUGCCUUACAACAGGAGCAGGACACCCUAUCUGGGCUGCUCUCCUCCACUCAGAGCCUGAGAGGAGAAAAUGGACGCCGCACUACUGCAGAUUAUAGAGCUCUGUGGAAGAAGGCCAUCCACCAACAGAUUCUCCUCAUCCGCAUGGAGAAGGAGAACCAGCGCCUGGAGGCCAGCCGAGAUGAGCUACACAUCCGCAAGAUGAAACUGGAUUACCAGGAGGUGGGCGAGUGUCCUACGGAGGUGCAGGCUCUGUGGGAGAAAAAGCUGAACGUGCCUUGCAGGACCAAAGUGCAGUGGGACAAAGACCAGAUCCACUCUGCUCUCUGCCAGGGUGUCCCAAAAAGUCGGCGAGGUGAGGUGUGGCUGCUCCUCUCUCAGCAGUAUCGCCUGCGUCAUCGUCUACCUCAGCGGCAGCAGCCUCCUGAAACGUCCUACCAGGAUCUGCUCAAGCAGCUCACCACACAGCAGCACGCCAUCCUGGUGGACCUGGGGCGCACGUUCCCCACGCACCAGUACUUCAGCGCUCAGCUGGGCGCAGGCCAGCUGUCUCUCUAUAACCUACUGAAGGCCUACUCUCUACUGGACACGGAGGUGGGCUACUGCCAGGGCAUCAGCUUUGUGGCUGGAGUGCUGCUGCUGCACAUGAGCGAGGAGCAGGCCUUCGACACACUGAAGUUCCUAAUGUACGAUCUGGGGCUCCGGCGCCAGUACCGGCCGGACAUGAUCUCCCUGCAGAUUCAGAUGUACCAGCUGUCCCGGCUGCUGCAUGACUACCACCGUGGUCUGUAUUCGCACCUGGAGGAGCAUGAGAUCAGCCCCAGCCUGUACGCUGCUCCAUGGUUCCUCACGCUCUUCGCCUCCCAGUUCCCCCUCGGCUUCGUCUCGCGCAUCUUCGACCUGCUAUUUGUCCAGGGCACAGAGGUGAUUUUUAAGGUGGCCCUGUGUUUGCUGAGCAACCACGAGGGAGAGAUACUGGAGUGUGACAGCUUUGAGAGCAUUGUAGACUACCUUAAGACCACCAUUCCCACCCUCAGACAGAACCAGAUGGAAGAGACGAUCACCAAGGCUUUAGAGAUGGACAUCUCCAAGCAGCUGCACGCGUAUGAGGUGGAGUACCACGUCCUGCAGGACGAGAUGGUGGACGCCGCGCCACUUUCAGAGGAAUCAGACAGGCUGGAGAGACUCGAGAAGACCAACGCUCAGCUGAAGAAGCAAAACAUGGAUCUGCUAGAGAAACUGCAGGCUGCACGGGUGAAAAUCCAGAGUCUAGAGAACAGUGUAGAGAGCUUCCUGGUACGCGAGAGCCAGAUGAAGCACAUGAUCCGCUCGCUGGAGCAGGAGAAGGCCAACUACCAGAAGACCAUAGAGCGCAUGCGCAGCAGCCUCCCGGCAGACGCAGCUGACGUGGAGAUGACCCAGCUGAAGAUGAACAGCAAAACCAAAGCAGCCGAGAAAUAACCCUACGGAACAUGUGGAACAUGCAGAUUACAUCCGUGCGUGGCGGAGUACUGAGAGAGGGGUUGUUUGAUUUUGCCUCGGUAGUCCCAUGACCAAGAUCAAGGGUUGAUUCUGGGAAAGGAAAGUAGCAUCCACUGUCUCUGUACUCCUGCGCUGAUAAAAAAAAAAAAAAAGCGCCCCUAAAAGUCCUGUCAGACUUGCUUUACUCCACUGUACUCAAUUCACUUCAUGUUUAGGAAUCACGGCUGCCGCAUAGAACACAAACCUCGCUUCGAUGUCGGCGGUGUUGAGAACACUUGAAAACGAGAUGAAUGUAGUUUUUGUUUUUGUUUUUCCCCCCAGAGUGCAGCGUGACUCAUGGCAGUGUACGGAGGAUCACUGCCUUGAUGUCAGCGUACGCUUUGAGAAUGGCAGGCAGUGCGACUUUGAGCUCGGCCGAGAACUUCUCCUGAAGGAACACAACAAAAGCGGCGGUGACGCCAUCGCCCGGCAAAAACCAAAAUAUUUAGCGUAUCAGAUCGACACUCUGCUCAAAGAGCUUAACCCAAAGUUCAAGCAGGAAAUGAAACUCUCUCUCUCUCUCUCUCUCUCUGAAUUUCCUCUGACUACAGCACCGUCCAAAUUUAACCUACUCUCCAAACUCCUACACCUCUCUGGCAGUUCAUCAGUUACUGAAUGUGCUUCAAGGCAAAUCAGGCCUGCUGAAGACAGGAAGAGCCUACGACACCAUCUACCACAAUGCUGCGGCGUACGUUCACGCGUUACGCAAGCUACACAGUGAAAAGUUUGUUUGCACAGGGCAUUUAAUGUCUAAAAGUAUUCCGUUCAGGUGAGAACAUUCUACAGGGCGAGGAAAAAUUCGGGGGAAAAAAUAAAAACCCCCAUCCGUCCCAACAAACAAAUAAUUUUAUCAUGUACUACAAACUCAUUAAAAAUAAAAACGGUAUCAGGAACGUUCUCCUCACGCCUCCAGGGUCGGGGUUCGAUUCCCACCGUGGCCCUGUGUGUGUGUGUGUGUGGAGUUUGCGUGUUCUCCCCGUGCUGCGGGGGUUUCCUCCGGGUACUCCGGUUUCCUCCCCCAGUCCAAACACAUGCAUGGUAGGCUGAUCGGCGUGUCUAAAGUGUCCGUAGUGUAUGAAUGGGUGUGUGAGUGUGUGUGUGAUUGUGCCCUGUGAUGAUUGGCACCCUGUCCAGGGUGUACCCCGCCUUGUGCCCCAUGCUCCCUGGGAUAGGCUCCAGGUUCCCCGUGACCCUGAAAAGGAUAAGCGGUAGAAGAUGGAUGGAUGGAUGGAUAUUUAAAAAAAAAAUCUUAGCCUUCCGUGAACCAUCGCAUAUUAACGAAGCCUUACGAAUGUUUUAUGUAUCACGUGUUUUUAAUUAACGCUGCGCAAAAAUCUCACGCACCUGAUUAGAAAACAAUCUCACUUUUUUUUUUUCUGUUGAAGAACUGAUUCAGUAUGGGGUCUGUCACAGGAACGGAGCCUUCACCGGUAAACAGCUGCUAUUUAACACCGUAUGACUCCAGCAAGUGUGUGUGAAGCUUCUCAUUCCCUACGCCUUAAAAGUCUGGGACAAGUUGGCUUCCGUGAUGAAAGUUUCACAGCGUUUUAAUGAAUGAGUAUUGAAUAUUAAAUAUCGAGAGCAGUGCGCUGAUUCAGAUGCUGGAAUUGGAGCUAAAGUGGAUUUAAAAAAAAAAAAAGAAAGAGAUAUUUUUAAUACGCUUUAAUGUACAUGUAAUGCGCAAACAACGUUUAUUCUCGGUUGCAGAACAAUCAGCAGAAGCUGUCCAGGCUGUGUGCCAGAUACUACGCUGUACUUUUUGAAAACUUUUUUUUCCUUCCGGUCAUCUCUCAAAGGGUGACUUACUCCUACUCUUGUUUCCAGACAGCUGAAAUUCUGCAGGGGGUUUAUUGAUGAUUGCUGCUCUGAUAGUGGUUCUGUUUUAUUUGCUUUCCUGUCUUUAUCAAGUCAUUUAUCAAUGCAUAGCUGUCUUGGGCUUUCAAAACCCUCAGGAUCUCCACAUCUUGCGAUUUCUUUCUUCUUUUUUUUUUUUUUUUUUCCUUCCCCCUACUUCAUAUGUAUUUGUUUGGUCUUAAAGUGAUGUUCUAGGCCAGCAGUGACAUUUUGACAGUGUUUCAUUUCUGCAUCAAAUGCAGACAGACACUGUAGGUGUUAAGUGGGUUAUAUUGGUCUGAUAAUUGCGUGCGGCUAAAGGCCAAAAAAAAAAAAACAGAAAAACAACCCAGCUCUGUUUUAUUUGUCUGUUUUGUUUGGAAGCAUGGAACAGAAGUUGCAUCUUAUGCUGGUGUGAAAUCAGGUCAGUUUAUAAAAAGAUUUGGCAUGGACGUCACCAUGGCAGUAAACGAUGCAUUGAGACGUGCAAUAAGAGAGAUCAUUUGGAGCAAUUAAGAAAACCCUGUUAGAAGAUGAUUCCGACGUAGAAGCGUCUCGUAGCAUAUUUUGUGUCCAAAAGUGUCUUAUCAUAUUUUUAUCGAUGUAUUCAAAUGAAGCGCAUUUACCAAAAUAUCAAUUUUACAUUAAUCAAAGGUUUGACUGUCAUCACUGAGCCUACAGUAAACACGGAGCGUGCUUGCGGUAUACACAGCAAACCGUCGCAGUUAUGGGUGGGGUACACAACUGCAGUGUCGCUUUUCAGCAAGUUCUCACAUUUCUGCUCUUUUUAAGAAGUGAAAUAUGCAAAAUGUUAUGGCACUUGAUGUAUGUGUGCAGGAAAAAAAAAAAAGCAUAACUCUGAUGUUAGAAAGAUCACAGAUAAUCUAAAUUUAUGACGGCGCACCUGACGAAACUUCUGUUUUCUGUUGUUGUUUAAAUGAGAUGCCAGAAUGCAGUUGGUGUCUUUCAUUGAACUUGACACCAGGUUACAUUUUGAGUGUUUUUCCACCAUGUCCAUGCUGGGGGAGUUGCAGUGCUGUCUGCACUGUGUUUUUAAUGAUUGUUGCUCUGUAAAUACCACUGAAUAAUGCAAAAAGAAAAAACAAAAAAAAAAGUCUGUGGACUCUGUAGUCCACUUGUUGUAUGUUAAUCAAGAGCCCAUGCCUUAUUAAAACAUUCUUCACUGGCUUUUUA